CCGGAAUUUUGAUCUCUCGACGUCCGAUCACUAACGACACAGCACCCCAGUGACGCAGACAAUUACCCACUGACUCCCCGGGAAAUCUAUCACGAUGCCUUCCAACAGACUCACCUACAGGCGACGUGCGCCAUACAACACCAAGAGCCAGAAGGUCCGCAUUGUCAGGACUCCCGGUGGUGAGCUCCGUUACCUGCACAUCAAGAAGAAGGGCACUGCCCCCAAGUGCGGUGACUGUGGUACCAAGCUCCAGGGUGUCCCCGCCCUCCGCCCCCGCGAGUACGCCCAAGUUUCCCGCCCCAAGAAGACCGUCCAGCGCGCUUACGGCGGAUCGCGAUGCGCCAACUGCGUUCAGGACCGCAUUGUCCGUGCUUUCCUGAUCGAGGAGCAGAAGGUCGUCAAGAAGGUGCUCAAGGAGUCCCAGCAAAAGAAGCGUUAAGCGGUUUCGUUGAAGGAUGAUGGGGUUUAGCAUGUCAAAACUGGGUCAACGGUGUUACGUGCAUUAUGGGCAGUCUCCUGGUUCGGUCGGCUUUUACGAUAUCAAGAAGAUUUCUGCGCCACUCGGCCAGGAUGUAGCUGAGUAGGAUCACGAAUACAUCCACAAGCUACGACACGACUCUCCCAGGAUACUAUAGUGUGACGCCAAUGUGAAGCGCCGGUGGCUUGAAUGCUUGCUCAGAAGCCGUAUUCCAAUGCAAACUGGUGCGCCUAAAAUUUCCUGGCUUGCGUCUUUCGAGAAGAAUGCGCGAGUGCUGCUGUCGGUCAACACACGGCUUGAGGGCAGAAUUGUUAUUGCAACAUAAUAUCAACAUGUGCUCAGACGACAGUGGUACCGAAUCGGACUAUAUACAUAUUUGCUUAUAUGUCAUAGCCUGCAUACUAAUGACGACGAUGUGAACCAUGUUUU